AUGCGGUGCCUUUAUAUACUUGUCUUUUCCGUUGGCUCUCUCCUCUGUGCUGCUUUAGAGCCCUCCUCGCUGCCAAAUGUCGAUGCCACCUUUACCAAGGGCCCUAAGCCGUUUCGAAUUCACGUUGACCGAGACUUCAUUGAGGAUACCCGGCAGCGGGUUGCUCAUACAAGGUCACCAUUGUUCAUAAAUGUGUCAAGCGAUGGCCCUGGUGCUGAGAACUUCACAAACGUUCGUGACUUCUGGGUCAAUGAGUAUGAUUGGAAUGCUACGGAAGCUUCUAUCAACAACAGGCAGUUUACGACUAUUGUUGAGCCCGAGAUCGACAACGUCACUCAUUCUGUACCGCUACAUUUCGUCCAUCACCGCUCACCAAGGUCAGACGCCAUACCGUUGCUGUUUGUUCACGGAUGGCCGGGUUCCUUCCUUGAAGUCGGUAACAUUAUCGGAAAUCUGACGAAUCCACCAAACUCAUCUGUACCAGCAUUUCAUGUUGUUGCGCCUUCGAUUCCAGGCUUUGGAUUCUCUCCGGCACCAAAGCAGCCAGGCUUUGGCCCCGCGGCGGCUUCUUAUGCAUUCAACGAACUGAUGCUUCAGCUUGGCUACUCCAGAUACGUCAUUCAAGGUGGAGAUUUUGGUGGUGUCAUCCUUCGCUACCAAGCCCACUAUUUCCCAAAGCAUGUAAUCUCGGCACUCAGCAAUUUCUGGAUUAUCCAGCCCGGGAAUAAUGACCUUCGCCGACUUUCACAGGGAGAAGCAACGCCUGAUGAAGUUGCAUACAUCGAGAUUAUAGAAAAGUAUGAGAAUCAGGGAUCAGGAUACCGACUGAUAAUGUCCACGGAACCACUCACCGUCGCAUACGGUAUGACGGACUCGCCACUUGGGAACGCCAUGUGGAUGUAUUCCAUUAUGAACAGGGUCAUCGACCCUGCUAUCAUGGCAUGGACUCCCGAGGAGAUCAUUACCUGGUCCAUGAUGUAUUGGAUCCAAGGUCCGUAUGGUGGCAUGCGUUUCUAUAAGGAAGUUCAAAAUGAUGGGGGUUUUGAAACACUCGACUUUGGCACAUUGCCCCUGGUAGCGGUCCCAGUCGCUAUCAGUCAAUUUCCUUACGACUUAACUUAUCGUAUGCCGCUGGAUUGGGCGAAGCGAGGAGGAAAUGCUCUAAAGAGAACUGUACAUGACCAUGGCGGCCAUUUUGCUGCUUAUGAAGUCCCUGAUCUGCUGCUCGACGAUAUCUGGUCAUGGUUCGGAGAUAAAGAAGCUUCGGGAACAAAAACAUUCACCUAG